AUGGUGCGAGGGCUGCAGCUCCUCUCCUGCAAGGAAAAGCUGACACAGCUCGGCUUCUUCAGCCUGGGAAAGAGACCAAGCCCUGAUCUAACUGUGCCCUUCCAGUACCUGAGGGCAACCUACAAGAAAGCUGGACAGGGACUUUGCCGGCUCAUGCCACGUCCCGCAAGGCGCCCCUCGGCGGGGCCGCGCCGUGCCCGCCCCUGCCCGGCCCGCCGUGGUUCCGCCUCCGCCGGGCUCUCUCCGUACUGGCUGUGGCGCCGCUGGAAGAGCUGCUCGCUCUGGUGCUGGCGGAGCAGCACGGUCUUUUGGCUCCGCCUGGCGCGGGCUCUGGCCCAGCCGCGGCCGAGGCCCCGGCCCCGAAAGAAGCCCCUGCCGCGGUUCCGCCCGCUGCCGCCCCGCUGCCGCUCGGCUCCCGCCCCGUGGCCGACGGCGUCGCCGGCAGCUUCCCCGCUCCGAGCUCCGCCUCUCGCCAGCUCGGCCGCCCGCCCCGAGCCGCCGCAGCCCGGGGAGGCUGGGCAAGCAGCAGCGCGCCGGGCGGGCGGGUGCCCCGAGCAGAAGAGCGGGAGCGCGGUGCUGCCCGCACGGGCGGAGAAGCCUCCCCUAGAGCAGCUCUACAGGGAGGGCUCGCUGCUGGGCAGCGGCGGCUUCGGCAGCGUUUACUCCGGGACCCGGCUCGCCGACGGCGCCCCGGUGGCCAUCAAGCGAGUGUCCCGGGACCGCAUCUCGGAGUGGGCGCGGCUGCAGAACGGCGUCCUUGUGCCCCUGGAGCUGGCGCUGCUGUGGAUGGUGUCGUGGCCUGGCUUCCGCGGCGUCGUGCGGCUCCUGGACUGGUUCAAGGUGCCCGAGGGCUUCGCGCUGGUCAUGGAGCGUCCGGAGCGCUGUCAGGACCUCUGGUACUUCCUGCACGAGCGGCGCUUCCUGACGGAGCCCGUGGCGCGGGGGCUGUUCCGCCAGGUCCUGGAGGCCGUGCGGCACUGCAGCAGCCGCGGCGUCCUGCACCGCGACAUCAAGGCCGAGAACGUCCUUGUGGACCUGGCCACAGGCGAGACGAAGCUCAUCGACUUCAGGUGCAGCACGAUCCUCCAGGACACGUUCUACACCCAGAUGUCAGGAACGCCGGAGUACAGCCCACCGGAGUGGAUCCUCUUUGGCUGCUACCAUGGCCAGCCAGCCACCAUCUGGUCCCUGGGCAUCCUGCUCUAUGAGCUGGUCUGCGGGCACCUUCCUUUCCACACCAAUGAGGACAUCAUCCGGGGCCAGCUUUGCUUCCCCGCCCGGGUGUCUCAAGAGUGCCAGCACCUCAUCAGGUGGUGUUUAUGCAUGGACCCCACUGACAGACCAUCACUGGAGGACGUUUUUGAGCAUUCUUGGCUGCAGGAGCCCUGUCUGGCCUAGGAGACAGCAGAGAUGCAUCCCUGUGCACAGUAGGAUCCAGGAGCCCAGCAAGUAUCAGCAGCACGCGUCCCGUGGCGCUGGAAGAAAAGCCCAGAGCGUUUCCCUGCAGCUGCGGCGCGGAGGAGAGAGCGCAGCCGAGGAGAUGCU